CACAACUUCUAAAACAAAGAAAAAUAGAACGCAAAUAGAGAAUGGAGUACCACAAUAAGCAGAUCAUUAGUAUGCUAAAGGUGUUGUUUAUGAUGAUUCUGAUGAUAAUGAGUACACAAACCCAUGCUCAGCUGAGCAGUGACUUCUACGCUGAGAGCUGCCCUUCACUAUUCCCUGCCGUGAGAGGAGUGAUGCAACGGGCGGUGGCCAAAGAGCGCCGCAUGGCUGCUUCUCUCCUCCGUUUGUUCUUCCAUGAUUGUUUCAUCAAUGGUUGUGACGGAUCCAUAUUGUUGGACGAUACAUCCUCUUUUAGGGGAGAGAAAACUGCAGGACCCAACAAUAACUCUGUCAGAGGAUUCGAAGUGAUAGACAAAAUCAAGUCGAGGGUUGAGAAACUCUGCCCAGGCGUCGUCUCAUGUGCAGACAUUGUCGCCAUCAGUGCUCGUGACUCCGUCCUCCUGUUAGGUGGGCCUAGAUGGAGCGUAAAGCUUGGAAGACGAGACUCCAAGAAGGCAGGCUUCUCAGCUGCCAAUUCAGGCGUCAUCCCUUCUCCAUUCAGUACACUUAAAAACCUCAUCAACCGAUUCAAAGCCCAAGGCUUGUCCGUACGUGACAUGGUCGCACUCUCUGGUGCUCACACCAUUGGACAAGCCAACUGUCUCACUUUCAGGAACCGUAUCUACAAUGAAAGCAAUAUCGACCUCUCUUUCGCCUUAUCUAGACGUAAGAACUGUCCUGCUACCUCUGGCUCUGGCGACAACAAGAAAGCCCCUCUUGACAUCGGCUCUCCCACAAGAUUUGACCAUAGCUACUAUAAUCAGCUUCUCGAUAAAAAGGGUCUCCUGACGUCAGACCAGGUGCUUUUCAACGGCGGUUCCACUGACUCAUUGGUCGGAAAGUACAGCCGCAGUCUGAACACCUUCUACCGUGACUUCGUGAGGGCUAUGAUUAAGAUGGGCGAUAUCAAGCCCCUUACUGGAUCCCAUGGUCAGAUCCGCAGAAACUGUCGCAGGCCUAAUUAAAUUUCUUGCUAUAAAAGACCAUCAGGCCGAAUAAUUCUUAUGUUUCUCCAAUUAUUUCAUCAAAUUGUGUUUAUUUUUAUAAUCCGUAUGUGUUUUUUUCUUCGUCAACUGUUUAAAUAUAAUCCAAUAGAUUGCUGAAUAGAAGUUUGUGGCUAUGCAGUUUUCAUUUA